AUGGAGCCGAUGCAGCCGCGCCUGGCUCCCGCGGGGAGUGGAGGGGCGGAAGGGCCGCAGCCUGAGCCCGAGGGCGCGGGGGGACCGCGGUCCGUCUGCCCCUUCCUGACCUGGAGCGCCGAGGAUGUGGCUGAGUGGGUGGCGCAGCUCGGCUUCCCCCAGUACGAGGAAUGCUUCAGGGCCAACGGCGUCACCGGCCGCCGCCUCAUCCACGCGAACUGCUCCAGCCUGCCCGCCAUGGGCGUCACGGACUUCGGCCACAUGCAGAAUCCAAGUAUGCAGAGCUCUGCAGGAUGUGGCCCUUUCAGGAUGUGGCCCUUUCAGGAAGAAAUUUCACGACACGUGCGAGAGUUGCUAGGGAUUGAGGAGCCUCUCUUCAGCAGAUCCAUUGCCCUCCCAUACAGAGACAAUAUGGGUCUCUUCCUAGAGAGAAAGGCACCAACAGGAGAGAAAGCAGAUGCCCUCACUUUCUCACAGUUUAUCCAAAAAGCAGGACUGGAGCCCUAUACUACAGUUCCUUCUUUGCAAGAAUCCCAGACCAUGGUGGGAGUGGAUGCUCUCCCUGCAUCACAGGACAUGCAGAGGCAGAAUUAGAGACUCAUACUGCACUUCUGCCUUUGUAAGAAGCCCAGCAGCCACAGCAGACUGUACCCUUAUUACCUUGCAGAUUAUUCAAGGAGGUACAGUUCCACCUUUUCACAAUUACAAAAAAUUGUGCAUUGCACUGCCA